CGCCCAUACAGGUAAGACACGCCAAUCUCAUCAGAACCUAACCUAACCUCGUAAAAUAAAGGAAAAAUGGCCACCGGGACUUUUUUGGGUGUGUUAACCUGAACUUGACCAAGAUGACUCUGAAGGCCGCUGUCUCCCUCCUGCUGGUGACCCUGUGUAUUAUUCACACAGGUUCCGCUCUCCAGUGCUAUUUGUGUAUGGGCUUCAACUCAUUACUCCCUUACGACCAAGUCUACAACAACCCUGCCUGUACUUCAGAAGACUUUGAUGCUUCACAACUGCUGACAGAAAAUUCAACCAAUGUUAACGAACCCUCGUGCAUGGCUAUCAUUCAAACAUACGAGGGCAUGUCUAUCACGUCACGAACCCCUGACGACUCUGGUCCCACCCAGACAAGAACAGGAUUUCAGGGCAAAAUUGCCAGAUUUCAUGGCUACUUUUGUGAUGGAAAUCUCUGCAACUCCCAAGACCCUUAAGACGCCUCCUCCACCCUCACCCUGCUGCUGCCUUUCCUGGUCCUUCGCUCUAUGUGGCAUAACUUGUUCUCCUGUGUAGUGGACCAACAACACCACCUUUUUACUUCAACUUUACUGUUAAGCUUUUAUCAUCAGUCAGUUAUGAGUGAGAGUCAACUUUUUACUCUUACAGUAUGUUGAUCGAACUGAAACAUGCUAGUUCUAUUAAAUCUGGAAACUUUAAUAAUUAUUUGAAUUUACAGCCAUGUUCACAGUACCAGGUCAUCUAAGGUUAAAUAUGAGGAAUUCUUUUGUCUUUUGCUAUCUUAAGAUGCAGUCAAUCCCACUUUCAUUAACAUGAACAAGGUAACAGUGUGGUUAGUGGCUGUAAGGUAGUUCACAGGCGAUACUUGGUAAUAUUUGUGAUUGAAAAAAAUAUAUAUUUUCAAGGGA